AAACUGAAAGACCAAGCAUGUCUGCAUCACCGAUUGCAAGGCAAACCACUCAAAGCCAAAACAUACCUUCGAAACGAGUUGUUAUUAACGAUCCCAGUCAGUUGCCUAUUGACUAUUCAUCCACCCCUGGUGGAACGCUUUUUUCAACUACGCCCGGAGGUACGCGUAUCGUAUAUGAGCGUGAUUUCUUGAUGAAUUUACGAAAUUCUCCAAUAUCGCGAACACCGCCACGAAAUAUGCCAUCCAUACCAGGAGAAUUAUUAAAAAAUACACUGCAAAAUUUUUCAACAUCGACGAAGAAUCAAAUUAAUAAAGGUACUUACUUUUGUUCAGUUAUUGAUCUAUAUGAAAUGUAUUUUCACAUAAAAUUUUAAUCCCAUUUUUAAUUUAAUUACUUCAUUAGAUCAGUCUAAUGUAUGAUGCUAAUAUUUUUGAUUAAUAUGUUAUAGAUACUCCGGUAAUUGAAGAAUCUGCAGAACAAUUUGAGAUGGACAUG